GUGUGACAGUUGGAGCGACCGUUGAGCAGCGCUGCCGUUAGUAUCCCCAGCAACCCGCCGGUGACUCGUCACUCCGCGCUGGAAGAUGGCUGCGGCGGACCGGCCCCCGGUCAGGGAAGGGGUUCGGAUAGCGUUGCUGUGUGUGUGCUGGUACACGGUCAGCUCGGGGGGCAACAUCGUCAACAAAAUCAUCCUGAACGGAUUCCCGUACCCGGUCACCGUCUCGCUGUUCCACAUCAUCUCCAUCGUCGUGUUCCUCCCGCCGCUGCUGCGGGCAUGGGGAGUCCCCAGGACGGAGCUCCCUGCGCGGUACUACCGCUGGUACAUCCUGCCGCUAGCCUUCGGGAAAUACUUCGCGUCCGUGUCGGCUCACUUCAGCAUAUGGAAAGUGCCCGUUUCGUACGCGCACACCGUCAAAGCUACAAUGCCAAUAUGGGUUGUGCUGUUAUCAAGAAUUAUCAUGAGGGAGAAGCAAACCACAAAGGUGUACGUAUCACUCAUCCCCAUCAUUGGCGGAGUGCUGCUGGCCACAGCGACUGAGCUGUCCUUUGAUGUCUCGGGACUAAUCAGCGCUCUGGCUGCCACGCUCUGCUUCUCUCUGCAGAACAUCUUCUCCAAAAAGGUGUUGAGAGACACAAGGAUCCAUCACUUGAGGCUUCUCAACAUCCUGGGCUUUAAUGCGGUCAUCUUCAUGCUGCCCACCUGGGUCCUGGUGGAUCUCUCUGUGUUUCUUGUUAAUGGAGACCUGUCUGAAGUCUCAGAAUGGUCCGGUACCUUCGUCCUCCUGCUCAUCAGCGGAUUCUGCAACUUCGCUCAGAACGUCAUCGCCUUUAGCGUACUCAACCUCGUUAGCCCGCUCAGCUACGCCGUCGCCAACGCCACCAAGAGGAUCAUGGUCAUUAGCAUCUCGCUGCUAAUGCUGCGCAACCCGGUCACCCUCACAAACGUCCUGGGUAUGAUGACGGCCAUCGUNNUCCUUUUUCUCUGUGAGCAGGCCAAGUAUGACGCCAACAAGGAGAAGAAGCUGCUGCCCAGCGCCAAGCAGGACCUGAUGUCCUUCGACAACCCGGCGCUGGAGAAGAUCCAGGCCAACGGGUCAGUGCCUUUCCCCCACGGCUCAGAGCAGCAGCACAGCUGGAACAACGUGCUGACCGACCACUUCCAGUACAGCCGGCAGGCCUACACGACAAACAGCAGCAGCAGCAACCACCAGUACGUGGUGUAAAGGAGGAGUCUGUCCUCACUCUGGGUCGCUGUCAUAGACAUUACUGUGUGUAGCCGCCCUCCCAGCAGCGAGUCUUCACAGCCCAGCACACGAGACUGAAGGCAAGUGCUGUUUGUUCUGGAUAGGAAGAAUGAGAUAAGUCAGUCAUGUGACCUCUCCCACGCUCCUCCCCGUCUAAACUUCACUUUCUGACAGCUUCACUGUAUGUCAUUGUGUUUUUAUUGCUUUGGUUCGGACUGUAUUGGAUGAGAGGAGACAAAACUUAACUCACCUGUUUUCAGACGUCGUGGUGACGGAGUCAGACAGGAAUGUGCCACAGCAGGUGGACAUGGGGAAAGGUACCUGAUGAUGAUGAUGAUGAUGAUAAUAAUUUGCACCUGACUGUCUGGAAAUGUCUGAAUUUCGUUUUCACAACCAGCCAUAAUUUGUUUUGGUUAUUUUGUUGACUUUCAGAGGAAAUGAUGUCGGCUGUAAUGACUGACUCUGACCUGCGUGCGGUCUGUUACAUUUUGUACCAAACAAAGCUCGGUGGGAAGACCUGAACGUGUUGGUUUUAGGUAUUUCAUGUUUAGGAUUGUCAUUCUUCUUCAUGAGGCACCUGUAAUGAUGUGAGGAGAAACAGUCCUCAGUGAAUAUAAAGUGUUCCACUCUUCAGAAGCUUGAGGCAGAGAGGACUUGUUUGAGGACAGUGGAAGACUUUAGGCGGUGAUCUGCUGCCUGCUGGGUAGUUUGUGGUCAUUCAGUUUAUCCAGUCGUUUGUUUUUUGGCUAAAUUCCUCCAAAAAUAAU